UUGCUUCGUGUCCGAUUGAAUGCAAGCGAAAUCAAACGCUCUUCAAUGCUAAUAAUGAGCUUCUUGAAAUAUUUUCGUACGGCAACUGGUACGAUGGGUGUGGCAGGAACAUUUUAACUUUUACAACUAAACCGUCGAGCUGGGAAAAUGCAUGGGAUUGGUGCUGCCAGGUCAGCUUGACCCUGAUGUCAAUGGAGUCGGCGGGAAAAGCGAGUUGCUUUUCAAAAAUGUCCAGACUAAAGGGUUUCCAGCGUACAUACUUGGAGACUUCUGGCUUUCAGGGACGGACCAGGGCUGUCCUUCCACCUUCCGAUGGUGUUCCCUGAGCAAGAAUUUCAUCAACCCUGAGCUGAAAUGGAAGGCUGGACAUCCGAAAGACGGUUUAAAUUGUGUUUAUCUCGAGGUUAGAAACGGAUCCGUGCUGCUCGCCUCCGCCAACUGCGCCGAGAAGAAAGAUUUUCUCUGCGAAGUGAGGAAGAAGGCGACCAGCCAGAAGGCCACGCAGACCGAAUGUGCAGAAAUUUGGGAUGUUUCGAAUGAACAAAUCGACAUGCUCUUGAACGCGAGCCAAUUUCUUACGUCAAACAUCUCUAUUAAUCAGAAGUGCUUUUUGAAAUGCAUUGGAGUGGAAAAUGGAUUGUUCGACUUCAAUGGAUUGGAUAGCAUUGCAAUGCUCCGCCAGAUAGAAUUCGUAUCUCAAGAGGAUCCCGCAAAACUGCAGCAAGGAUUUGGUGCUUACGACGAGUGCAAAGAUAUGAAAAAUGACGAUGAAUGUUCGACUGCCUACGAGAAUUACAAAUGUGGCCAGGAAAAGGUGCCAAGUUUAGUCUCCGAUAUAGUCAAAAUAAACAAUAACGAUGGAACAUUCGCAACCCAGGUUUUGCCUCCGACGCCGUGUAUUCCGUUACGCAAAUUUUGUUGGAUGUCAAAUUCUACUCCAUGCGAAAUAAAUCAAACGGCCAAAGAUUUGCUGUACAAUUCUUCAACUUUAUCUGACAAAUAUGGAUCCAUGAAAACAUUGCUGAACAGGACGUAUUACGUCGGAAAUGUCGAUCUUUCUGGAGCGAUUAAUCCCGUUAAUGUGUACAAAAUAUGCUGUGAACGUGGGUUCAAAAUCUACGAGCCUUCGAGCGUUGCGCAGUUGAAACUGACCAACACAAUAACCGGGGACCCUGGUACGACGGUGCCAACCGGCGACACGGAGUCGAUCAACCAGACGCACGAGGUGUGGUGUCGCAGCCGCCAAAUUCUGCACGACUCUUUCUUCAACACGGCGCCGUCCGCCUUCCGGUACCCUUGCGUUGAAACGCUGAUGGGAGUGAGCAAAUACAACUUCCUGCUGGAAAGAUAUGAAUACUACAGCCCAAUCCUCUUCAACCGAUACCUCUACCCCCAAAAUUACACACCUGUUACCGGAUACUUUUAUAUCUUUUUGUGUGAAGAACCAUAAGGAUGAGGGAAUAAUUGUAUUUUUAUUGUGUGAAAAUGUUAUUUUGUGCAGAGGAUUUAUUUUCACAUCUAAAAUACAGUUAAAAUUUCCCGCGUUUUUCAUGUUAUGGACGAAAC